GAUGGAGCUGCUGACUGGAGAGGUUCCUGUAAGGUGUCAGGAUGUGGCGGUGUAUUUCUCCAUGGAGGAGUGGGAGUACAUAGAAGGACACCAGGAUCUGUACAAGGAGGCCAUGAUGGAGGCUCCCCGGCCUCUGACAUCUCCAGAUCUAUCAUAUAAUCAACUGAAUCAAGAGGAACCUUCACCUGACCAAUCACAGAUUGCUACCACAAGUACCAGGCAGAAAGGGGUUAAAAAGUUUCAAUGUGGAGAAUGUGGGAAACAGUUUAGAAAUAGAUCAGGUCUUUCUCUACACAGAAGACGUCACACAGGAGAGAGGGGAUAUUCAUGUUCAGAAUGUGGGAAAUGGUUUGUAAAAAAAUCUAUUCUUUUCCAUCAUGAACGAGUUCACACAGGAGAGAAACCCUUUUCAUGUUCAGAAUGCGGGAAAUGCUUUAGAAGCAAAUCAGAACUUGUUCAACAUCACAGAAUUCACACAGGAGUAAAGCCAAAUGUUUGUUCAGAAUGCGGGAAAUGUUUUGCAUAUAUAUCAAAUCUUGUGCGACAUCAGAGAAUUCACACAGGAGAGAAGCCGUAUUCAUGUUCAGAAUGUGGGAAAAGUUUUACAAAUGCAUCAAAUCUUGUGCGACAUAAGAGCGUUCACACAAUAGAGAGGCCGUAUUCAUGUUCAGAGUGUGGGAAAUGUUUUACAAAUGCAUCAAAUCUAGAGCGACAUAAGAUAGUUCACACAGAAGAGAGGCCGUAUUCAUGUUUAGAGUGUGGAAAAUGUUUUAAAGAAAAAUCCAAACUCCAGUAUCAUGAGAGAGUUCACACAGGAGAGAAGCCAUAUUCAUGUUCAAAAUGUGAGAAAUGUUUUAAAGAAAAAUCCAAACUUCGUUAUCAUGAGAGAGUUCACACAGGAGAAAAGUCUUAUUCAUGUUCAGAAUGUGGUAAAAAUUUUAUGAAGAAAUCAAGUCUUUUUCUACAUGAGAGAAUUCACAAAAGAAAGGUGUCAUAUUCAUGUUCCGAUUGUGGAAAAUGUUUUACAAAGAAAUCAUGUCUUCUUACACAUGAGAGAUUGCACACAGGAGAGAAGCCGUAUUCAUGUUCAGAAUGUGGAAAAUGUUUUACAAGAAAGUCAUAUCUUGUUAAACAUGAGAGAAGUCACACAGGAGAGAAGCCGUUUCCAUGUUCAGUUUGUGGGAAAUGUUUUGCAAGUAAAUCAUAUCUUAUUAUACAUGAGGGAAUUCACAAAGGAGAGAAGCCAUAUUCAUGUUUAGAAUGUGGAAAAUGUUUUGCAAGUAAAUCCUAUCUUAUUACACAUGAAGGAAUUCACAAAGAAGAGAAGCCAUAUUCAUGUUCUGAUUGUGGGAAAUGUUUUUCAACUAAAUCAACGCUUUUAAAACAUGAAAGAAAUCAUACGGGAGAGAAGCCGUAUUCCUGUUCAGAAUGUGGGAAGUGUUUUAAAACUAAAGCAGAUCUUGUUAAACAUGAUAGAGUUCACACAGGAGAGAAGCCGUAUUCAUGUUCAGAAUGUGGGAAGUAUUUUAUAUCUAAAUCCCAUCUUGUUAGACAUAAGCGUUGUCACACAGGAGAGAAGCCAUUUUCAUGUUCAGAAUGUGGGAAAUGUUUUUCAAAUAAAUCAGAUCUUUUAAAACAUGAUAGAGUUCACACAGGAGAGAAGCCAUAUUCAUGUUCAGAAUGUGGGAAAUGUUAUAGAUAUAAAUACAAUCUUGUUCUACAUCAGAGAAGUCACACAGGGUAAAACCAUUUUGAUGAUUUGUAUAAGAAUAACGGUUUACAAGGAAAUCAGAUUUUGAAAGUCAUCACAGAACCAUAUUCUUGUUUGGAAUGGGGGAAAUGUUAUAAGAGCGCAGGAUGACUUUUAUCUCAUCAGGUUUUUUCACAGACAGUUCACAGGUCUGUUUACUGUCAGAGCAGUGAAG